GUGGGCGAAAGGGAGUCGUUCUGUCCUUUCCCCAAGCUCGGUGGUUAAGAUGGCGGCUGCGGGGGUUGAGGGGGCGAGUCCGUGACGGCCUGUCCGGAGAACGGCGGUGAGGAGGAAGGAGGCAGAGCGGCUCUGGGAAGCGCCGAGUGCGGCUCCUAAAGCGGGGUAGGGGGCGGAAUGUGAGCAGGAGGAGGAGACGGAGGGCUCUGGCGGGGGCCCAGAACGGGAGGAGAGCGGGGAUGGGCCAGCAGGUGGGCCGCGUCGGCGAGCCGGGUGCCGCCGCGCUUCAACAUCAGCCGCCGCCGCCACCGCAACAGCAGCAGCUGCCUCUUUCCCAGCCACAGUCUCAACCCAGAGGGCUUCGUGGGAGUAAUAGCAGCGGGAGUAGGCCUGCCAGCCGGAGGCGAGAAGCAGCCGCUCCGCGAGCUGCCGACAGCGGCUUCAAUAUCUUCACCCAGCACGAGGCUCUCCACCGCCCCUUUGGUUGUGACACUGAACCACAGGCACUGAAUGAAGCUAUCAGGUGGAGUUCCAAGGAGAACCUUCUAGGAGCCACUGAGAGUGACCCCAAUCUUUUUGUUGCACUUUAUGAUUUUGUAGCAAGUGGUGACAACACACUCAGCAUCACUAAAGGUGAGAAGCUACGUGUAUUGGGUUACAAUCAAAAUGGUGAAUGGAGUGAAGUACGCUCCAAGAAUGGACAAGGAUGGGUGCCAAGUAACUACAUCACUCCAGUAAACAGCCUGGAGAAGCAUUCCUGGUAUCAUGGACCAGUAUCACGCAGUGCAGCUGAAUAUCUGUUGAGCAGCCUCAUUAAUGGCAGCUUCCUUGUUCGAGAAAGUGAGAGCAGCCCAGGACAGCUGUCAAUCUCGCUCAGGUACGAGGGACGUGUUUACCACUACAGGAUCAAUACCACCACAGAUGGCAAGGUAUAUGUGACAGCUGAAAGUCGCUUUAACACAUUGGCAGAACUAGUUCACCACCACUCAACGGUAGCUGAUGGCCUCGUAACAACUUUGCACUACCCAGCACCCAAGUGCAAUAAGCCCACAGUCUAUGGAGUGUCACCCAUCCAUGACAAAUGGGAGAUGGAACGAACAGAUAUCACCAUGAAGCACAAACUCGGUGGAGGACAGUAUGGUGAAGUGUAUGUUGGGGUAUGGAAGAAAUAUAACCUUACAGUUGCAGUGAAAACACUCAAGGAGGAUACUAUGGAGGUAGAGGAAUUUUUGAAAGAAGCUUCUGUUAUGAAGGAAAUCAAGCAUCCAAAUCUAGUACAAUUAUUAGGUGUAUGUACCCUAGAACCCCCUUUUUAUAUAAUAACCGAAUAUAUGCCCUAUGGGAACCUGCUGGACUACCUACGAGAGUGCAAUCGGGAAGAAGUGACUGCUGUUGUCUUGCUGUACAUGGCUACCCAAAUAUCUUCUGCGAUGGAGUACUUGGAGAAGAAAAAUUUCAUUCAUAGGGAUCUAGCAGCUCGGAAUUGUUUGGUAGGAGAAAAUCACGUGGUGAAAGUAGCUGACUUUGGAUUAAGCAGACUGAUGACGGGAGAUACGUAUACAGCUCAUGCUGGAGCAAAGUUUCCUAUCAAAUGGACAGCACCAGAAAGUCUGGCCUACAACACAUUCUCAAUCAAAUCAGAUGUUUGGGCUUUUGGAGUAUUGUUGUGGGAGAUUGCAACUUAUGGAAUGUCCCCCUAUCCCGGCAUUGACCUUUCUCAAGUUUAUGAUCUGUUGGAGAAAGGUUACAGGAUGGAACAACCUGAAGGUUGCCCACCAAAAGUCUAUGAACUCAUGAGAGCAUGCUGGAAAUGGAGUCCCCUAGAUAGACCAUCAUUUGCUGAAACUCACCAAGCUUUUGAAACUAUGUUUCAUGAUUCUAGCAUUUCUGAAGAAGUGGCAGAAGAACUUGGAAGGACCUCAUCCUCUUCUUCAGUAGUUCCAUAUUUGCCUCGAUUACCUAUUCUUCCUUCCAAGACUAGAACUUUAAAAAAACAAACAGAAAACAAAGAGAAUAUUGAAGGAGCUCAGGAGAUCAUAGAGCAUUCUGCAUCCAGUUCUGCUCCAGGUUUUAUCAGAAGCACACAGCAGACCAGCGGAUCCCCAGCACUACCUCGUAAACAGAGAGACAAGUCACCGAGUGGCCUGUUAGAAGAUACUAGGGAAACUACCUUUACCAGAGACAGAAAAGGUGGUUUCUUUAGCUCAUUUAUGAAAAAGAAAAAUGCCCCCACACCUCCCAAACGCAGCAGUUCCUUCCGUGAAAUGGAAAACCAGGCUCAUAAGAAAUACGAAUUAACGGGUAAUAUUUCCGGAGCUGGUCCAUUGCAGCAUAUUGAUGGGUUUUCAUUUGCUCCCUCCCAGCAAGAUGGAAAUCUUUGCUUAUCCAAGUGUUAUAUUGGGAGCUUUGCACAGCGGAACAUCUAUGGGGAAGAUGGUGGUGGCAGCAGCAGUGGGGGCACCAGCAUUGGUAGUGGUUGGUCAGGCCUCACAGGCUUCUUUACACCUCGCCUGAUUAAAAAGACAUUUGGCUUAAGAGCUGGGAGGCCCACUGGAGGUGAUGAAACUUCAAAACCUUUUCCCCGAUCAAACUCCACAUCUUCCAUGUCUGCAGGUCUUCCUGACCAGGAGAGAAUGGCAAUGACUCUUCCCCGAAAUUGCCACAGGUCCAAAGUUCAACUGGAAAGGACAGUAUCCACUUCCUCUGAGCCCGAGGAGAACGCAGACAAGUCCAAUGAUCUUCUCCCUAAAAGGUGUGAAGAUACUCAUACGCUGACCAGAAGCCGACCAAAAGCUAAACUGCUGCCGAGGGGUGCUACUGCUGUUCCUCUCAGAACUCCUUCUGUGGACACAUCUGUUUUAGAGAAGGAUUGUCAAGGGCCAACAGCAGCAGCAAGCCUGAAAAGCAAAGAAAAAAACAGUGGGAUACGACAAGGUUCAGUAGAAGGGGAAGAAAAACCAAGCUGGCCUUCUCCAGCCAAGGCUGCAGCAAUACUUCCAACUACUCACAAUCACAAAGUGCCCGUUCUCAUCUCACCUACUCUAAAGCAUACACCAGCUGAGGUGCAGCUCAUUGGCACAGACUCUCAGGGGAAUCGAUUCAAGCUCUUAUCUGAGCAUCAGAGCACUGCUUCUAGUGACAGGGAUAGACCCAGACGGAUAAAACCAAAGUGUGCUCCACCGCCACCCCCACAAGCAGUCCUGAGGCUCCUUCAUCAGCCUCCAGGUACCUCAGAUACAGUAGAAGAGUUGGAUAAUGGAGCAUUGGUACAGCAUGGGCAAGACAGUGAGGGCAGCAAAAAGGUAACAGUGGCACCUACUGGGGGAAAAGCUGGAAGGCCAGUAAUACCUCCACCUCAAGUGCCUUUGCCAUUGUCUUCGUCACCUGCUAAAAUGGCAAAUGGCACAGCAGGGGCUAAAAUUGCUCUGAGAAAGACCAAACAGACAGCUGAGAGAAUCUCAGCAGACAAGAUCAGCAAAGAGGCGCUUCUGGAAUGUGCAGACCUCCUCUCCAGUGCCAUUGCAGAGCCUACCACAAAUAGCCAGCUGGUGGAUACUGGGCACCAACUAUUAGAUUACUGUUCAGGUUAUGUGGAUUGCAUCCCCCAAACGCGCAACAAGUUUGCCUUUCGGGAAGCUGUAAGCAAACUGGAACUUAGCCUGCAGGAACUGCAGGUGUCCUCGAUGGCUGCUAAUCUUCCUGGAGCAAAUCCUGUCCUUAGUAACUUAUUGUCUUGUGUUCAAGAAAUCAGUGAUGUUGUUCAGAGGUAGCUACUGUCAAACCUUAGGAGGAAAAAAAGUUGACAAAAUUGAAAGAAGAGUCAGAGUGACUUCUUCUAAUCAUUUUUUCCCUAUGUUAAUGUUUUGAAAGAAAAGACUGAUACUUGAGUAAGUUUUAUGUGAAGUACCUCAGAUCACUGAGCUCACAUGUUUACAGGUUCAUCUCAGUACAUGGGGCAGAUAAGAGGGAAGCAAUGUUUCACAGAGGUCAGAUGAUGGCAGCCGAGACGGGCAAAAUAUUGAAACUUUGCCCUGGUGAGAAAAUGUAUUUGCAAAAAUAGAGCUUGUGCUCUUGUUCACUUCUGGGAGGAAGGAUAUUCCAUGAAGGUACCUACAAAGGUUUGAUAAGGUGCUUUGUUCUCUUUGAUGCUUGUCCAGUUGAUUAGAAUUACUGGAAAAGGGAUAAGGUUCUUUUUCUGCACUACUCUAUUUUAACUUUCUGAGGUCAAAUCAGAAAGGCUUAGAGGUGCCAUUGGAAGUCAACUAGAUCUUUCCAAGAAAGAGAGAAUAAUUUUGAGGGAAAGUCUUUUAUAUUUUAAAAAAAAACAAAACAGAUUGGCACUGUAGGGAGUGCAUGCACUAGCCUGUCUGGUAGACCUUCUGCAGUGCAAUUGGUUGCUGUAAUCGUAGAUGCAAAAAGUAAAAACAAAGAGCUGGAAUAUGAAAUGCAUCCCCCUUUAUCGUCCCCAUCUCAUAUUAGUCACUCACACGUUCACUCUUUCACAGCAUCUUGAAUGACAAUUUAAGCAGAUUUGCCACUGGAUUUCAUACAAUCACACCUUAACACUCAAACUGCAGUCAUCACCAUGUGGAUAGCAUAGCAUGGUUAGCUAACCAAUGGCAAUCACUUGAGUUCUUUGGGGGAUAGCAUGCCCAAGAAACUGUUAAUUUAUCUUUGGUGUUGAACUUUGGUACAGUGGUGGCUUUGCUAUACCUUGAGGAGCCCUGCUGGAUUAAAACAUUGCAGAAUGCUGCUAGUGUUCUCUACAUUCCUAUUUUAAUUGUGGUUACCUUAAUGUCAUUUCUUUUUGAGGGAACUAGAGACCUGAGGCCUUCAUAUUUUCUAGUAGAACUAUAAAUUUGCUCUUGGAAUACCAGUUCAGGCAUUGCUGAUAUAGAUUCUUUGUUUAGAUUUUUGCUUUAUUUGUAGUUUCAAGACACUGCUUGCGCAUGGAUUCAUUGUAAGUGAUUGGUCUGUACAAACAUGCUGUUACUCCCUUCAAGUAGUCCAGUUUCAAAAAUCAUCAUCUUCGAAAGUCAGCUUGUUACGGGACCACUAAUUUCAAAAAUCCACUGAUGUUAAGUAAAUGAUAUUGGGUUUUUCUAUGAUUAAUGUGAUUUUAAACUAGCAUUUGCACAACAUGUUUGCUUAUGAAAGAUAAUCAGGCUAUAUGCUUCCAUGAGGCCUCUUUUUUGUUUAUCCCAGAACCCCUGAACUCACUCUAUUUAUUGAAAUUCAGCAACAAACUAUUGAAAAAUGGAGCUGUAGUUUCCUACAAUUUUUUUUUGUCAAGAAACAAAACAAGGAAGUUAUAUGAUAUUUGAUGUUUGAAAGGCUUGGUAGAAACAAAUAAUGGAGACUCUGUUUGAAAUAUCUUGAAUCUUGAUACCAUUUUGUUCUCUGGAGCUGUUAGCUAUCAAUAAUUAGUUACGGUAUGGCUUCAGUCACAAAUGGGUUACUCAUUUCAGCCUUAAACCAUAAAUGGAAGGGGGUUUUUUUUAGCCAUACUGUCUGGAAAAGGAGAUUGAAAACACAUUUAUACUAACUAGAAUCCUGCCAUUAAAUUUUCUAGAAAUUACACUGAACAAGCAGCAUUAUUUAGAUAGGGAAAACUCACAGAAUGAAAGCACGUUUGGGUUCUAUUUCUGAUUCAGAAUAAUAAGGUCUUCACAUGGUAGAGAAUAAGCAGGCUCUGCAAUGCAUUGGAUUCAAAGGGGGGAAAUGCUAAAGAACAUCCAGAACUGUUCACAUAAUAUUUAUUUGCAGUUUGUCUUUUCUUGGGAUUGUGCAGCAACUAACACUCUAGCAAUGCAGAUGUUUUAAGUACUUUUCCAUAGGUUCAGUGGUAGUGCUCCCCCUACCUGGAAUCAUUUUUCCCAUUUUGAAUUAAAACUGCUGCACAGCCUUAGAGGACAGCACAUGCUGCAGAUGUCCAGUGCACAAUUUCUUCCAUUUCUGAGCAAGAAAAAAUUGGGUAUCUAUAUGUGUGUCUACAAUAAUAUUGACCUAAGGGGAUAGAGGAUACCCAUCCUCAUCAUGGCAGACUUAUAUUUUUCUUGCUGGCUUUUGGAAUUGGCCUCUGAUGCCCAGUGUGUCUUCAGUUACUGUUCUGCUUUCCUGAGAGAAUUCUGGAUUUGAGUUAUUCGUAUAUUAUUUAUAUCUUGGACAAUGGUUUGUAUAGUAUGUUUACGUUUGCCGUAUGCUGCUCUUAAUACAAAAUCUGUCUUAAAAAUGCAAGGGCAUGCAACUUCAUAUUUGCCUGGGACAGUUUAUAAAAAUCUUUCCUGUUGUCAAAGAAGUUACUGUUUCAAAAUAAAUUGACUUUGUUCUGGUAAGUAAUAAGUAGCUUAAAUAUGGGAUGGACAAAAAAAUCUAUUUUUCUGAUAUUGCACAUAUACACACACAAACACACCCCUUUUAAGUAUAUACUGCAGUUCAUGUCUGCGGACCUCUUUUGCACCAGACUGUUAAAAUCAGCCUAUUUGUCAUAGAAUUGUACAUUAUAUCAUUGACACAGUUUAUUUAGACCAUUGAGUCCAACUUCUGACAAAUGUCUGCCCAGCUAGAUUUCCAGUGAAGAGAAACUAUUAUUUCACAAUAACUGAUUUAACUGUUGAACCACUCCUCUUAUUGAAAAUUAUUCAGCAAAAAUAUGGCUUACUGAAAAUUAAGACCAUGUUUCUGUACCCUGAUAUUUAUUCCCUUCUGAGCCUUCUUUUCUCAACUCCUGUUGCACUUGAUUUCCAGCCCCUGAUCACCUAUUGCUUCUCUUUCUACUUGUUAUAGUCAUCUAAAAUUUUCUUAUAACAGUAAUGCUCUGAGGGAAAUGUUUGGUUAAGAAAUGUGAUAUGAAAUAAAUAAAAUGCCAAGAACUGGACUGGUUAUAAUACUUCAGUGGGUUCUGACCAGUUCAGAAUUGAAUGGACAAUUACGUCCUGUGAUUUGGAAAAUCACAAAUGCUCAAGAAGGAAUAUAUAGAGCACCCUGCUUUGCUUUUCUGCAUAACAGCUUUGUGAGAAAAGGGGAGCAAAUAAAAAACUUGUCCAAAGCCACCAAUGAGCUUCUGUGACCAAAGAUAGACUUUAGUCUAGGUUUUUCUUGUUCUAUCUCAUCUGCUAAAUAGGAGUGUGAACUGCUUUAACAACUCUUCCUUAGCUAGAUGAAAUCUAAAUUGUUCACCCAACUGGCUCUUCAUAAUUGUUCAGUAGGAUGCAUCUCCCCUUUUUGGACAAGACUGAAUAAGAAUCAAGCAGUCUUUGCUAUUUUCAUUGUUAUAGGCAUAUGUGAAGCUCCUUUUGUUAGGAUUCUUAGAAUUGUUUGUUUAAUUUUGGCUCAUUCUGAGUUUUAGCUUUUAUUAUAUCAUCUCUACAAAUCCAGGCAAUCUAUAGGUACUCUUCCUUUGUGAUCUUCCUCUUUUUUAAACCUCCCAGAUAAACCGCCUUUAUCAUUGGAUCUUUCUUAAGUUAUUUUUGCAGCUCCAUCUGCUUUUGCUAUCUUUUUUUCUCCUUGUUGGAAUUGUUUAUUAAUGUUCUGUUAGGGUUUCCUUGGGCACAUUUUCUCGUUAGCUUUUCCAGCAGUUAGAUCUACCUGCCAUUGCACCUUUGUUGAUAUCUUGUUUUCAUCAAUUAGAAGCAUUAAUCUAAAUUCAUUUAGGGCCAAAUUUAAUGUACCUUUUAAUUUUUGUAAUUGGUCAAGUUUAAGUAUUGAAAGUUUAAAAUGUUUAAUAUUGCCCUAUUGAUUUUUAUGGCAAAUCUUUUAAUGAUUGUGUAGACCUGAAAUUGUCAUUGAAUCUGUACACAAUAUAUGCUAAUGGAAAAGUGAAAAAAAUCACUUUUGCUUCAUAGGUCAGACUAUACCAGCUACACAUUAAGUUCAUGUGAAAAAAUGUAAUCUAUCAGUUAAAUCUGAAAUGUGAGAUUAUUGGUAGUGGCUUGGGAAAAAAGCUAAGAAAGCUGAAACAGAUUAUAUGCAUUAGUUCAGAAAAGUCAUGUUUCUUGGCCCAUGCUUCUCUUUUGAAUUUUCCCUCUAAUGGCAAACAUUUUCAACAUUUGGGAGAGCAAAUAGAAGAAAUCAUCCCCUAAACAGAGAUAAGUGUAAUAAUAUUAAAAAAUUAUGAGUUGUUCUUUGUUAUAGAUUCAAACACUACAUUCUCAUGUUUCCUUGAACAGUCAUUAGCAUUUCAUGUCAAAUAAACAUGCUUGAUCCUUGAAUAGUUUGAGAAUUCCCAUUCAGGUUUUCUCCCUAGUUUUAUGUAAUUCUCAAACCAAAAUUGUUUAUUACUUUCCUCUGAUGGCUGGGUGCUGCCUUUUGAUAACAUAAGCAAAUAGCACUGAGAAUUAAAGUUGAUAUUAAUGUGCAUGACAAUUAAGAGAAAAGUGGGCAAUUGUAUUUCUCUGUUAUAUUAUGACCCAUUCUAGCUUUUUGUAGGUCAUGCUCCCUCCCAAAAUUAUGCACACAGUCUGGUGUGUGUGGAUUCAUAAUGCAAAACUUGUUUUGUAGUUGAAAUUAAUUUAGAUCACUUUUUGCAGUUUCUUUGGAUGAGUUAAAUAGAAUUUAGUAUCUGGCUAAAUCCAAACAACUAAAUUAGUUACUUUCCUCAUCUUUGGAUAGAAUGCUAAGUUUAGCAUAUGGGUGACCUAAUCUCAUGCAGUACCUGUGGCUCUCCUCAACUAGAAUUGUCAUCUUCCUAAUCAAUGAUCCCUGGCCAUAGGGCUGAUGAAAUUUAGAAUCCCAAUAACAUCUGAAGGACUAAAAAUUUCUAGUAUUGCAGUAUAUUAACUGAAGGCUUAACAGUAAAUAAUUGAAAAUAAAUACACUACAGUCAAGAAAUUUGGUAAUACCUUUAUUCAAAAAUAUAAGAAAUCAAGAAUGAAAUUUACCUCAUUUAAAGGAAGCUAAUUACAAUAAAAUGGUUAUGAUUGUGAAAGUUUUAUUUCUUUUUCCAUUUAGUUUAAGUCCAUAUUUGCUAAAUAUUAACAUUUAACUAGAUAUAAUUGAGUUCCAACUCUCUAAGCAGAUUUCUGUUAAUAUUUUUUUCUGAUCCCCUUUUUCUGAUGCUUCUCAGUCAUUUUUCGCUCUUUUUAGCUUCUCAUCCUAGUUUAAAAGUAAAAUCCUGACAAUUAUUGGAAUAUUUUGCAUAUUAAAUGUAGGGACAAUUCACAUACCACUCAAUAUAGAGCAAAAUAGUAUUUGAAAGUUACUAUAUCUGGAAAGGAAGUCAAUUUUUCCCCCCAGGUUCAUUAGUGGACUCUGAAUAAUAACAACUACUAGGCAUUGAAAGCUUUAAAGCUAUUGCCCCAAAGCUAUAAAAAAGUGCAGAGAAUUUUUUGUGUUUUUGCAUGAGUUUCAGAUUAUCACUUUGACCUUCCUUGAUAAUGGUAGGAAGAUGUUAUCUUUUGUUCAAAAAUGCCGUAAUUUUUUCUCAGACAAUAAUGCUUAAACUUUGCCUUUAUUAUUUUAUAAAUCGUGCCCAAUGUCUUCUUAUAUGUAUGCUGUUCUUGAAACUGAGUGGUGCUUGUUCAGAAAUGAACUCACUGUAAGUCUAGAAUAGUUGCUAUAGUUUUCUUUCUGGCUAAAUAUGACAGGAAUGCAUUCUCUGCUCAUUUGUACCUUUAAUAGAAGUUUCUACAGUAUACUGGGGGCAAAGGGAUGAUGUUAAUAGUUAAUGGAAUCUUAUGAGAAAACUUUGGUUUUAGCUAGUGGAAUAGUUUACGUUCUAUACAUGGAUUGGUUCCUUACUAAAUUCAAAAUGUUCCCGGAUUGCUUUGAAACUGUAUGGAAUGAAUCAGUCCUCUUGCAUAAUGUGAAAAAGUUUUUUGGUAUUACAUACAAUUCAUUCAUAAAUAAUAUUGCUGUGCUCCUAAAGGCAGAAAUUCUAGAGGAGUAUGCUGUACUAUCAUGCUUUUAUUAAAAAAAAUAUUUGUAGCACUGAAGAUUGAUUGGCAAACUCCAGCUAGUUCAAAAUAUAGUACAAAAGUUAUAUGAAAUUAUCAGGCUUCUCCAGUAAAUUCAUCUCAAAGUAGAAUCCGUGGGAGGUCUUGGGCAAAUAGGAAUAUUCUGAGACCAUGGAUUUGCAAAAUAGUGAAAAAUUAUCUUUCCAUUAAGACAAGGAUAUGAGGUGGCCAAAAAUUCAAAUGGUUCUAAUUUUGGAGUAGCCAAGGGCUCCUGUAAUGGAAUGAUGCUGCAGGAAUAAUUUGUAAGCUGUUAAGAGGUAGAAUUACUGUGGUAGUUGUCUCAUGCAGGGUUUUUUUUUUUUUUUACAAAAAUAUAAACCUACAUAUUUUUAUUGUUUGAUUUUCUCAUUGCUCUUUUUUUUAGUGGUUUGCUGCUGAAAUUUCGCAUGACAGUUUUUAAGGGGUCAAUAACCAAAAGGAUUGUAGGUCAAUAACCAAAAGGAUUGUAGGUCAAUAACCAAAAGGAUUGUAGGUUACCUGCUAGGGCUUUCAGCAACAUUUUCCUUGAUUCUCUGGUCUUAAAGCAAGAUUGAAGAUAAAGCAUUCAUUCUCUAAGGAGGGGGUUCUGCUUAAUAACAUUAUGACACCAUACUCUAUUAGUAACCUAUUUCUUAAGAUGUGAAGUCUAAGAUUUCUCUUUGUAAUAUAUAUCAUCAAAACACUAAACAUGGAAAACAGUAAAAACAGGUUAUUGUUUGGUCAUAGUCUUUGAAGCUGGCUAAAUAAUACCCUCAAAUCCUUGUUCAAAUUUUUUUUUUUUUGCCAAAAACAAGGGUUUCCAUCUAAUGUGAAAAAAAUAUUGCUAAAUUAAGAAGAUACAUUUCUUACAUGCUUUAAAAUUAAAUAUUAAAGCUUGUUGAAUCUUUGUAUUACUUCAGAGUUAAAAGUAUUGUUUAAAAGUUGCCAUCAAUUUACAAAACUUGUAUUUUAGAAAAACGGAUGAACCUAGCCUUUGUGGUACGCUUUCUUUGCCUCUACUUUUAAUCUGAAUGGAAGCGCAACUCCUUUUCCCUUAUCAAUGCAAUCUAGGAAAGGCUUUUAUUGAUUGAAGUGAGCCUUAAUUUCAGAUGACCCCUCUCCACAAAAGAUUAAAAAGAAGUAACCUUUUUCUUUUACUUUAUGCUAAGUCUCCUAUUGAUAUAUGAUGAGCCUCUAUGUUAAAAAUUAUCUUGGAUACAUCUAACUUUUCUUUUAAGCAAAUAGGCUACUAGCUAACCCCCUUUUCUGCUUCUUCAUGGAUGGCAUGCUUGUUUUAAAAUACAGACUUAGGAAAUACUCAAAUGACUAAAGCAAUGAGCAUGAUCAGACACCACUUUCUAUUUACCAUUCACAGUACUGUAUUAAGAAUUGCUGUGCACAACUAGUUCAAGUAUAAUUCAUGAUAUGAAAAUGUGGCUUCUAAUCCAGAAAGGUGGCAUAUUAGGAAUGCUUAAUUUCCCUGAAAUUGCCUAGGGCAAAAAUGGCCAAUGUUGUGUGAUGUGUAAGGGCAGGGUUGGGGGGGAUGGAUGGUUAAGGAUUUUAAUCAACCCAGCACUUCAUUAGUUGAAUUCACUGAGGAUUAAAAUGGGUGAAACUGAAAUGUGCGACUCACACAGAAAAACCCACACUACUAGUGUUGUCAAAUGUUAAUUUUGUUUUUUAUUGUUGUUUGUAAUAUAUUUGGUUUUUUUCUAAUUUAAAUUUUCACUAUUUUCUGACUGUGAACUGCAAACAGUGUUAACUUGAUGUAAGUACGGCCCUUGGAGGCAUUGCCUCUGCCUGUUCCAGAGAUUUUUGCCAAUUUGCAUUUUGUUUUAAAUAAAAAUUGCAAUAUUUUAUUGGCAA